GUGCCUUUGACGACGUCUCGUCUCAUCCACCUCCUACUCUAUCACUUACACUGUGACUCGCCAGCAGCCAGCAUGAACGGCAAGAAGCCAGAGAUCUACUGGCAGCCGGGGGGCCACCGGCCGCACGACGACGAGCCGGCGUUCGUCGACGCCUUCCGCAACGCCGUGAACAAGCGCUUCGGGCUCAACCUCGCCGACUGGUGGGCGCUGCACGAGUGGUCGACGACGCAGACGGAGCAGUUCCUCGACAUGGCGUGGGACUACUUCGGCCUCAUAGGCGACCGCGGCGCGGGGCCGAGUUUUGUGCGCGGCAUCCCGAUGGACGAGCCGCAGCAGUACUUCCCCAAUGCGCGGAUCAACGUCGCGGAGAACCUGCUCCUCGGCCACAAGUCGGCCCUGUCCAAGACCAAGUUCGCGAUGAUCGCGACUGUCGAGCCUGACCCAAACUCCGACGCCAGCGAGCCAGUCGAGACCCGCCGAAUCACAUACUACGAGCUGUACGACCAGGUGCGCCGCGCGGCGCACGCGCUCAAGCUGCUCGGUGUGGGGCCGGGGGACUCGGUCGCGAGCUACGCCGCGACGUCAUGCGAGAUGCUCAUCAUCUUCUACGCUACGCUGUCUAUCGGCGCGCUCUUCUCCUCCACGCCGGCCGAGUUCGGCGUGAUCGCCGUCGUGGACCGCUACGACAUCAUCAAGCCCAAAGUCCUCUUCACGAUCGACAGCUACCGCUACGGGCGGAAGGAGCACGAGCUGUCGACCCGCGCGCGCGAGGUCGUCAAGCGCGUCUCGGCCCAGGGCAAGCUCACCAACGUCGUCGUGUUCGGGCAGCUCGCGGCCGACCGCGAGCCAGCCCCAGACUCGCUGAAGGGCUACGUCGACGCCGUCAAGGUCUCGUCCUUCUCCGACUUUAUCGCGACUGGCGCGCGCGCGCCGCCCAAGAUCGACUUCUGGCGCGGGCCGUUCAACCACCCCAUCUGGAUCGUGUUCUCCUCCGGCACGACAGGCAAGCCGAAGAGCAUCUACGGUCCCGGCGGCGGCAUCCUGCUCAUGCGCAAGGUCGUCAUCAACCUCCACCUCAACCUCGACCACCGCGACGCGUACCUCCAGUUCGCGACCAUGGGCUGGAUCGUGUGGAACAUGCACGUCCUGUUCGCCGCGGUCGGGGGCACAGUCGUCGCGUACGACGGCUCGCCGUUCCACCCCCAGUCGGUGCUCUGGCGCCUGAUUGAAAAGUACCGCGUGACGCAGCUCGGCGCGUCGCCGCGCUACAUCCAGACGCUGGCCAAGAACAAGUUCAAGCCGCGCGAGGGGCGCGAUCUGUCGUGCUUGAAGCAGCUUUAUACGACGGGCGCGCCGGUCACGAAUGAUGUGUACGAGUUUUGCGAGCGCGAGCUUGACUCGAUCUUCGUCAACAACGCAGCAGGCGGUACCGAGAUCGGCGGGAGCGCGCUCCAGUCCACGCAUGUGCUGCCGGCGUACAAGGGCGAGCUGCAGACGCCCGUGCUCGGCGUGUCGCUCAUCGCGGCGGACAAGGACGGUCGUCCACAGAUCGGCGAGGAGGGCACGCUCGUCUUCUCGAAGCCGUUCGCCAACAUGCCCUACUACUUUGCCGACGACCCAGGACGGAAGCGGUACAAGGAGACAUACUUUGCCGACUAUCGCAACCCGCCCAUGUUCAACAUGAACGACAGUGUGUGGAUCAACCCGGAGACGAGGGGAUGGAUGAUGUUCGGCCGCGCCGACGGCGUGCUCAACCCCUCGGGCGUGCGCUUCGGCUCCGCAGAGCUCUACUACAUCCUCGAGAGCGCCUUCCCCGAGGUGGACGACUCCAUCGCCGUGGGACAGCAGACAGCGGACAACAACGAACGCGUGGUGCUUUUCCUCAAGACGCGCGGCGAUGCGCCAGUCACCGCUGACCUCGUGGGCCGGAUCAAGGCUGCCGUCGCGGCCGCGUUGAGCAGGCGACACGUCCCAGAGGUGAUUGCGCAGUGUCCUGGGGUGCCGUAUACCGGGAGUGGGAAGAAGGUCGAGGCGAGCGUGAAGAAACUGAUCAACGGCGUCGCGCUCACCUCUAUCAACGUCACGGGCGUGGUCAACCCCGAAGUGUACAAGUGGUAUGCGGCGUGGGGCGCCGCCAACGCACCCAAGGUUGCGAGAUUGUAGUGCCGAGGGUCAUGUGCGCGCGGCGGCGUUGUAGAGCAGAGCAGCAGAAUAGCAGAAGAGGGGCAGGGCCGCAGGAGUGCA